GGGGAGAAAAAAAGGGUCACAUGAUUUGCAACAGUACAAAAAGGGAGGGACCAGCAACAUCUGUUUCCAUUAUGCAAGUUUAUUACAAUUUAAAGACAACAAGUAAGUAGCCCUGUCCGAAUAUUGUUCAUUCUCCAUUUUCUUAAUUUGUUUUCUUCUUCUCCAUAAAGCUCCAAUUCUAAUACCUUCAACUUAUGACUCUAAUUCUGCUGCUGCUGAGUGAUGUACCAAAAAGGCAGACAAUCCAAAACAACAACCAGGUAUCAACUUCCAUCAUCAUCAUCAUCAUCAUCAUCAUCAUCAUCUCUCUCUCCUCUCUCUUUUCCCCCUUCCACCAGGAUCAAAGAAAAAGCAUGUGAUGAUCAGAGAUGACUGAGAUAUGUUUGGAUAUGCAGAGAGAUGAUCAAUUAGUAGGCACAUAUCAUCAUCUUAAGUGGUGACUUGAAAUGCUAACAUAAUUGGAGCCUUUGGAGGGUGAUUUUGAUUGCUGAGCAACAACAACAAAAGAAUAUGUCAGACAGGUAUGAGAUUCAUGAUGAAAACGAGAGGAGUGAGGACCAAGGUGAUGACAAUUCAAUUGGAUCUUCUCAGAAAUUGUCAUCUUUUGACUUGAAUGAAGACGCAUGUAGUGAAGAUAACACUGAUAUUAAUGAUGAUGAGGCCUGUGAUGAUGAGAUCACAGGUGAGGAAUAUGAGAAAGGAAAGGAUGAAGGCACUUCAACCAAUAGAAGUAGCACAUCAAGAGAAGGAAAUGGAAGAAGAGGUGGUGUGAGACAAUAUGUUAGAUCAAAGAUGCCUCGCCUUCGAUGGACUCCUGAUCUUCAUCUUUCCUUUGUGCAUGCUGUUGAAAGGCUUGGUGGUCAAGAGAGAGCAACACCAAAGUUGGUGCUUCAGCUAAUGAAUGUGAGAGGACUCAGCAUUGCUCAUGUCAAGAGUCACUUGCAGAUGUAUCGUAGCAAGAAACUUGAUGAGGCUGGGCAAGUACUCAGUCAGCCAUACAGAUCAACCCAAGGAUUUGGUCGUAUUUCUCAAGCCCAUCAACCCAUGAUUCCUCAUCAACAUUUCAAGAUGGGAAACGGUGGAAUCAUUCUUGCAAGUAAUUACAAUGAGCAUAGCUAUUUCCAAGGCCUACGGCCGCAACCCUCCUCCUUAUCACAUUCAGAUUCACAUUCAAAGGCCAUCGAUUCAAGGCACCAACAAUGGUACUCUAAUCAUCAACCUUUCAGAAGGCCUAGUUUUGAAUUUGUCUCCUCAACCUCAACGGCCCUACAAACACAAGGACGAUCAAUAGCUUCAAACCAAAUUCAACUAAUGGAUACUACAAGACUUGCUCCCAUGAGACCAAGCCAAUUUCUUGAAGAGAAAAAGUGGCCUCCAUUAGAAACUAUGAACAAUCAUCAUCAUUGGAAGAAAAACUAUUCAUCACAAUCUGUUUUACAUCAAUUUGGCACCACUCCAGCAGCUCUAAAACCAGCUGAGUUGAGCAUUGGAACCAACACAAGAAUCAAGGAAUUUCUAUCAAACCCUGAUGAGCACCACAACCCUUCCAACAGUUUAAAGCUAGAAUUUAAUCCCCCAUUCCGGAUUAAGUUGAAUCAAGAAAAGUUACAGAUAGACAAGCAAUGUGUGCCUGAUUUGCAACUGAGUUUAAGUCAGAAAAAUAGCAACAACGAUGGUGGCGAGACCGAUCAUUCCAGAGAAACGCAAGAAAUCAACACAAAACUUUCACUUUCUUAGAAUUUAGAUAGCCAUGUCAAUAAUGCAAAUACCACAAACUAGUCAAUCAUAAAGUCUGAGAGAUGAUAUAUUUUGAUUUAAACCAUAGGUAUCACGAGGCAAUCUUGUUCGAGCCGUUAUAUAAGAUUUCUAUGGGCAACAAAGUUCUCUUCCAAGUAUUUAACGCAGAUACAUUCACAAGGACUCAAACUCAAGAUAUUUGCUUAAGUUGUGCUCGUUGAUCUAUGCGUGCUUGGUGGUUGAGAGAUGAUAUAUUGACUCUGAAACAAAGUUACACAGUGACACAUGCCUCCACAUACCAAUUAUGGACUUCCCAAUACAUAGGUUUUUUCUUUCCCCUCCCCACAAAAAAAAAACCUGCAGACAAAAAAAUAGAUUUGAAGUGAGUGUGUUCAUGAUUACUAGUUAGUUUCCAAGAGAGAUUUUACUUGUGCAAGUAUUUGGUCUUACCAGUCACAAAUGUUGGGUUUUAAGAUAGUUGGCAAUUUGGGAAAAUAGUUUGAUAGAAAACUGAAGUGAGAACCGUGUAGUUUAUUGAUUUGAUUCUUGGUAUAUAAGUAGAAGCUAGCAAACUUGUAGUUUGCUGCUCACUUGAUUUC